GGCACGUAGUGCGUGAGACCUGGAAAUUGUCCUUCAUUACUCCACUCCGCCCCUUCCUGACACUUGUGACUGAUCCACGUCUCAUUACGCUUAUUGAAUCUUGUCAAACACAGGCCUCAUGCAGGAAGGAAGGAAUUCGCCAAACAAGCGCAGGCGAACAAGCGACCGAUUGGGUGAGGCUACGAUCGCCGUCAAACGUCGCAAGUGCGCUGUUGCGCCUACGAGUCAGAAUAGGGUCCACCUGACUCAUGACGCUCUGCUGUACUUUCGUGAUCACCUUCAAGAACAUGGACUGAAAGGCGUGGCCGCCCAGCUGCUGUCCGCAAAUCAAAGCUUCUUCAAUUUGUUUCUUCCAGUCUUGGACUAUGAGCGUCUUGUGCUGCACUCUCAGAACGCGGACACCCUCUGCAGGGUCUUCCACAGGGUGUGCCCGUCAGGAGAUCCCCCCGAGGGCCUAGACUCAUGCACAUCGUCGCAUAGCAAAUGUCGUCUUCUGAAGACCUGUCGAUACCUCACUAUUGAAGACCCGCCAGCACUCGAGGCAUUGAUCAAAGCGCACAAGCCAUGCUUCGAUGGUGCCAAAUCUGACGGUAGAUUGUUGGCCCAAACGCACCACAAGCUCUUUCCAAACGUGACACAUCUCUCCGUUAAAGGUCCUCUCGCUUGGAAAUUGGCUCUGGAUUACUACUCUGACUCCUCGCACGAUCAAGCUUGGCGCAAGAUCAGAUCCCUCAUCAAGAUCAUAAAUCCUCUCCAUCUCUGUAUCUACUUUCAACGACCAGUGUUUCCCGGCUACCUUGUCAUGGAUCCACCUAUAGACCCUGAGGCGCACCUGGAUGCGGCGACACCGGAGGAAGUAGACCGCUGGAUAGCGGAAAACAAAACGGCAAGAUUUGGAAUCUCCGAGAUUGUGCGAGUGUUGGAUCAAAGCUGGGAUUUAGAAUCCAUCACUUGUCACAAUGUCACUGAAGAGGAUUUUCCAACUGUCUAUUGUCCAUCUCAUCGUGUGAUUUUUCGACCUUUGUAUCGAGCCAUUGGAGACUUGCGGACCCUCCGGUGCAUCGAGACAAGGGUCAGCCAAAUGACAGAAGCUGUUCGUCAGCUGGGAGAUGAUGACUAUUCGUUUGAAUUUGUUGGACUGGAGAAUAUCGGAGGGGGAAGCGCGAAAAGGCUGUACAUGGCAGAGAAUCAGCGCCUGACCGAUCCAUCCAAAGACAGCUGUGCCGAGGACGAGCUCCUCAACAAACUUGUUCUGAACCCAACCCAUCCAAACACCUUGAUCGCCCAAGUGUGGGGAAGGUUGUCCCUCAAAGAACGGGCCGCAGCUCAGCCUCAUGUCAAGUUCUCCUCGGUAGCUGAGGCGUGUCCGUGUAGGUGUUGCGGACAAGUAUAGGUGGUAGGAUAUCGCAUGCACAUUUGGUGAACCAUUGCGCCACCUAUAGCGUAGUUCGGGGCGUUGGUCCGUCACCGUAUCUUUUCCCGUGGG